CUAUAAGUUUCAAUGAAGCUUCACGCCUGCCAAUAUUGGUAAUAUAAUAAUGAUAUUACUCUAAAGUAGUAAUCUUUGGAGGUUGAAAUUACCUCGAGAUGACUCAGAAGAAGUUCUCUGGGGCUCCUUUUGGGGUGCAAACCACAAGGUUUAAUGUUUCUUCAAUCCACCCCAAAAGCAAGACUCCAGGAAGUUUUACUCAAAUUGGGUAUGACAAAAGAAGCAUGGAGGACUAUAGAUGUAAGCUAGGACCAGGAUCAUAUAACAUUGAUGUUGGUGGAUUUAGUUCCAAGAGUGUCCAUGAAAGAGCUGCUGGACCAGGUUGGGAAAGGGCGUACGAAACUUCAAAGAUGGCGAGAAUCCCACACUUACUUUAUAAGGAACAGUGGAAAAAGAAACAGCUACAGAAACGGCUGCUUGGUCCAGGGACAUAUAACAUCAAAGACUUCAUAGAACAUGGGUCAGAAAAACCCGGUAGUACACGGGGAUUCUGUGAGACGAGAGCUGCACGAUUUGAAGAUGUUGCUAACAAUGGCGUUCCUGGUCCUGGAACGUACGGCAAGGGAGRCAUACCAAGCGCUGUCAUCGAAGACAAGCAAACUCUUUCUGCAAGCAACGUUGGAAUGAUGGAUUCAGGAAAAUCUAACACACGCCAGUUACCGGAAGUGGGUAGUCACCUUUGCCCAGGCCAAUAUGAAAUGAAUAGUUUUACCGAUGAACUAGCAGCACGAGUUGUAAGCGAACGAGGACCUUAUGAUCUAUUCACUGGAGAGAGAAACAAGCCAGUCACAGUCGGCUACUUUGCUACACCAGUAAAACAGAAAUUAGGGCCAGGAGAGUACGACCUGAGGUCCUUUUUAGAAGGAAAUACGGGUGAACAUAAAACGAGGCAUGGAAGAUUCCUAAAGGUUGAACGAUUUCCUGACUUCCCUAAAGAGAGAAUAUACUGCUGUACGCUGAGUCAGUGUCCUAGAGAUCCGAGUGACCCCGGUCCCGGAGCAUAUACACCUGCAAAGCUUACAAAGCCUGAACCAUCCAGGAGACCACCAUUUGGUUCAUCAGCUGAGCGUAUGAACAAGCACGCCAGGAGAUUCUUCCUUGGAAGUUAUAACCCAGUUGGUCCUGGCCGAUACACCGUGAGUAAAUACGACGAAGCUCAGCACGCAAAUGGACAUCAAAGCGCAUUUGACUCAAAGACGAAGAGAUCAGAUCUUCUACGAGACAAAUACAUGAAAGAAAGAAUAAGAGCCAAGGACGUCAGACCUGAAGAUAAAGUCUUCAUGGUACCUCUAACCGCAUGAAAAAAAUCGGCACAAUUUUUUGAUUUUGAACUGAGUGAAUCAAUUAAUUCGAAUCUCCUAAUAAAUUCCUUAGGAGAGGCUCCGAAUUUUAUAAUUGUUUGAAUAUUUUAAACACAGAGAUAUGGGUGUUUUUAAUUGAAAUUUUAGUUUGAAUAAUUGAAAUUGGGCUGCCUGUGGAUCCGCACCACACCCACCCCUCCCCCUUUUUAUGUAAAAUAAUCAGUCAGUGAUUGCAUCGAUGAUAAAUCUCAAGCAAUAUGCCACAGCAUUGGAAUGAGAACUUCGAAUGGUCGUGGGAUUAAACAAGUUGACAUAAACCCAAUUUAAACAAAAUCUUUUUUGAGUUCAAAACAUGGAACUUGAUAGUAGAGUACAAACACUAGAGUGAUUUUCAUAUGAUCGUGAAAGAAUAGGCAAACUAAUAGUUAGUAGUAGACUCUAAACCAAUGAUUUUCUUUUGUUCUUUAUCAACUAUU